CGAAGGCUGGCGUUUCGCAAUAGCUGCUUCACCAUCCAUGAUCGCACACCCUCCGCCGACGACGUUCCAGCCACGGCGGCCUCGCAUCCAGAGAAACCAGAGCCAGUUCUGAUGUGACCUUGAAGCGGCGCUCUCAACGACUACAAACAUUCGACGAGAAGCAAGCAAAGGCACUUCCCAAUCGCCAUCCGGCUUCGCGCCCGCCGCCGCAAUGUCGGAUAAAAUCACCGGCAAAAACCUAUCCUACGACACAAACAUCCCGCCCUUCCUGCGCGCUCUCCAAGCACAGGCGGCAGGGAACGGAGGCCCAGACGAGAUCCUCUCGAAAAGGCGACGGGCGGGCAAGAAGCGCUCCGACAGCGAGGAGGCAGAGGACGCGCCGCUUGUGGUGGACGACGAGGGAAAUGUUGUCGACGUACGGGUGGACAAGGAUGGUGGCGUGGAGGCGGAUGCUUUGAAGAAGGAUGGAGAAGAGGAGGGUGAGGGGAAGGAUAUCAAGGAGGAGAAGAUUGCUGGAAUUGGGGCGAGCAAGAAGAGGAAGGCUGGCAAGGUUGUUGGCGGAGAUGCUCAGGAGGAUGCUAUCGUCAACAAGAGCGUGACCAAGGACAACAAGAACGGCGACGAUGACGAGGGCGCCAGAAAGAAACCUGCCAAGAAGAAGGGAAAGAAGAUUAAGCUUAGCUUCGAUCCGGAAUGAGGCACGUUAGGAUCAGGCCGAACACCAUCACUAUCAAAUAUUACGUGGACGAGGAGAGCAGGCAACCGAUCCGCACGGAAGCGAGUCAAGCCACGAGAGAGCUGCGGCUCUCCGUGUUAUCUAUGUCGCUGUU